CAUGUGACAGCUCGCUGUUGUCGGGAGACUUCAAUUGAUAAACGUUUGUUGUGUUUUUUCGCCGACAUUGCAUUCUUUGUUAAUUUAAAAUGCCCAACGAUCCCCCAGUGAAGCGUUACCGUCGUGAUGACUUAAGUGACUCAGAAUCCGUGGAAGAUCAGUACGUCCCGUACGUUCCCGUGAAAGAAAGGAAGAAGAUGCAGCUCCUGAAAGUUGGUCGCAUCGUCCAGUUGACCGCAGAGGCUGCGGCAGGAACCGCUAAAUCGUCCAGUGAAAACGAGCACGACGAGGAUGGCGGUGAAGAAGUUUGGGGCCGCAAGUUCAACAUCAGUUUACUGGACCAGCACACUGAGCUGAAGAAAAUCGCGGAGGCUCGGAAAAUCAGCGCCGUCGAGAAGCAGCUCAAAGAGGAGGAGAAGAUCCUCGAAAGUGUGGCGGAGAAGAAGGCAUUGAUGGGGGUCGCGGAGUUGGCAAAAGGUAUUCAGUACGAGGACCCGAUAAAGACGAGCUGGAAGCCGCCUCGUUAUAUUUUGGCGAUGCCUGAGAGCAAGCGAGCGUCGAUUCGUGAAAAGUCAAGGAUUCUGGUUGAGGGUGAGGAUGUGCCGCCGCCAAUUUUGUCGUUUCGGGAUAUGAAGUUCCAUCAGGGCAUUCUCAAUGGGCUGCAGAAGAAGGGGAUCAGCAAACCGACGCCGAUACAAGUCCAGGGAAUUCCGACGGUGCUUGCGGGUCGAGAUUUGAUUGGGAUCGCAUUUACCGGUUCCGGGAAGACGCUGGUGUUUGUGCUGCCCAUCAUCAUGUUCUGUUUGGAGCAGGAAGUGUCGUUGCCGUUUGUGAAGAACGAGGGACCUUACGGGCUGAUCAUAUGCCCGUCCAGGGAGUUGGCGAAGCAGACCCACGACAUAAUUCAGUUCUACUGUAAACAAAUCCAAUCGAGUGGCAUGCCCGAGAUACGAAGCUGUUUGGCAAUUGGUGGUUUACCAGUUACAGAAGCCAUGGAACAGAUUCAAAAAGGAAUUCACAUCAUGGUUGCCACCCCCGGUCGACUUAUGGAUAUGUUGGACAAGAAAAUGGUUACUCUGAAUAUUUGUCGUUAUUUAUGUAUGGAUGAGGCUGAUCGUAUGAUUGAUAUGGGCUUUGAGGAGGACGUUCGAACGAUUUUCUCAUUCUUCAAGGGACAACGUCAAACACUUUUGUUUUCGGCUACUAUGCCAAAAAAAAUUCAGAACUUUGCUCGAUCAGCUCUGGUGAAGCCGGUCACUAUUAACGUAGGGCGUGCUGGAGCAGCAUCUUUGAACGUCACUCAGGAAGUUGAAUACGUUAAGCAAGAAGCAAAAAUUGUGUACCUAUUGGAAUGCCUACAGAAGACUGCACCGCCUGUUUUGAUAUUUGCGGAAAAGAAACAAGACGUCGACGCCAUCCAUGAAUAUCUUCUGCUUAAAGGUGUUGAAGCUGUUGCCAUUCACGGCGGCAAAGAUCAAGAAGAACGAUCCCGAGCAGUGGAAGCAUUCCGCAAGCAAGAAAAAGAUGUUCUCGUUGCAACCGAUGUGGCAUCAAAAGGUCUGGACUUUCCAAAUGUUCAACACGUAAUAAACUACGAUAUGCCCGACGAUGUGGAAAAUUACGUACAUCGAAUUGGCAGAACAGGCCGUUCGAUAGGCUCAAAGGGACUCGCCACAACGUUCGUAAAUAAAACUACUGAGCAAUCGGUGUUGCUAGAUUUGAAACAUUUACUGAUCGAAGCCAGACAGAAAGUUCCACCAUUUCUGGCAGAACUUUGCUCUGAAACUGAGAAGUAUUUGGAUCUGGGCGAUUCACAUGGAUGCAGUUAUUGUGGCGGUUUGGGCCAUCGUAUCACUGAAUGUCCGAAACUUGAAGCUGUCCAGAGCAAGCAGGUCUCGAAUAUUGGACGUCGUGAUUAUUUGUCGAACACAGCGGCAGAUUAUUAAAGUGUUUGGAUUUAUUGCUGUGAUUUUUGAUGUUGGCGAAAACUGCAGAACGUUGUAUAUGGAACAAAGCCUGAUAUAUCAAGUAAGCUCGGUUUAGCAUUUACUAUUAGUUAGGGCUGAUUAUCGAAGACAAAGUCUACUUUGAGUUUACAAGUGAUAAGCAUAGGAUGAACCAUUGUGGAUUUUACAAUAGCUGCUUACACUGGUGGCUUUUGUUUGUUUGGCGGGAUUUGAUUUUGCGGAUAUGAGAUUCUCUUCCGUUCAUAUGAGCAUGCGCCAAUGUGCGGCUGUCGUGAAAUACCACAUAAUUGUGGAUAAACACGAUAUAAAUAUAUUCAAAAGUUUCUAAUUAUUUUAAUUGAGCGCAAAUAUAUUUAUAGUCAUUUAAUUUAUAAUUCUAAUGAUAAUUUUAGAAUUUUAAGCGACACAUUGACGUGUAGGCACAACAAAAAUAUUCCUCUUGAUAAAUUUUGUAGUGGAUUUGAGUAUAUCGGGGACUGAUACUCGUGAUGGAGGUUGGGUCAAGAAGACCCAAAAUCUUUCUUGUAUAAGAUUAAUUUAUUGUUAUAUUAUUUGCUACAUUGCGAACACAAAUGUUCCGACAUCAGUGCGGUAUGUUCUCGAUUGGGUCUUUGUUAUCUUGUAUACAUUUCCAAAAAAUUAUCAUUUACGAUUGGCUCUUUAUGUAUUUAUGAAUGGCUCUCCAAUGAACGUCAGAAUAAGUCAUUGUGGAACUGCUUUUGUGUUGGAUGCCUACUCAAAUGGAGGGGCCUUGGCGUUAAUCAUUCCUUUCCUUUCUAUAUGCCCACCAGGCAAAGAGGAAAAAAUAUCGAAUUUUAUUUUAACUUUGUACUCAUUCUUUUGGGGAGCUAUAUUCCCAAAUAUUCAAAGAGCACUGCCUUUUAUUAUUAUUUUUGACCAAAGUAGCACUUGGACUCUUCUCUGGCCGGCGGAUUACAACAGGAGAGACAUCUCAUUUCUCUUUUUGACAACUGAUUUUUUGGACAAAUGUCAUACCUGUAGUGUACGGCGCCGCCAAUCUGUAGCAGCUUGAGCAAUGACGUUUGUAUAUUACUGCUACCUUACUUUGCUGGAGAAAUGCUGCUGCGAAAUAUGUCCAAAGAGAAAUA